UUUUUAUUACAAGCAUUAACAUCAAAUAUUGUUCAAAGCUUUCAUUCUGUUUUCGAUUUGAUUACACUCUUGUGUUUGCUAGCAUUAGCAGUAUGGCAGAUCAUUACCCAAAAGAGACCAAGGAGAGUCAGAGUCCCACCAAGGUAGGAGAGGAAGGUCAAGGUUGUGGGAUGUUUGAUUUCUUGAAGAAGGAAAAUGAGAAGCCCCACCAGGAGCAGGAGCAACAUAAGCACACUCUUGCCGAAAAGCUCCACCACCAUGGUGGCGACUCUAGCUCGUCCAGCAGUGACGAAGAAGGUGGAGAGAAGAAGAAGGGACUGAAGGGCAAGAUCAAGGAGAAGAAAUCAGGCAAAAAGGAAGAGGGAGAUGCUUACCACUCAUCAGUUCCAGUCGAGAAAACCCAUGAUAUCGAAAAUGGAGCACCGCAUGCAGAUGAUAAGAAGGGCUUUAUAGAGAAAAUCAAAGAAAAGCUUCCUGGACAACACAAGGAGGCUGAACAUGGUGCUCAAGCAGAGUAUCAUGCUGUGGAUGGCCAUUCCCAUGAAGCUGAGCCUAAAAAGGGAAUCUUGGAGAAGAUCAAAGACAAGCUCCCUGGAGGUCACAAGAAUGAAGAGGAGAAGCCAAAGGAGUAUUAGCAUCCAUGAUGCAACCAAUAAAACAUUUAGAUGUUAACGGUGGUGGCCUUUGAUGUUUGCUUGCAAUGUAAUUUGUUUAGGUUCCUCUGUACUUGUGUAAGUUUUUGCUUGUAAUGUGUUUGGUUUACGGUCCUCUGUGUUUGUAAAAGUGUUUGCUUGUAAUGUCACUUGUGUUUUGUU